AUGGAUGUUCCCCAGGCCGUUUCCCCGAGCGGUGAGGGAUGCCGAGGUGAGCUCCCUGGCCGCCCGUGGCCCCCUCACUCUGCGCCAGUGUGCUCUCGCUCCCGCUCGCUGUGGACUGCAGUGUAUGACUACGAAGCCAGCGGUGAGGAUGAACUGAGCCUGAGGCGUGGCGACGUGGUGGAGGUGCUGUCUAAGGAUGCAGCCGUGUCAGGGGACGAAGGCUGGUGGACUGGCAAGCUCAACCACCGCGUGGGCAUCUUUCCCUCCAAUUAUGUCACAUACCAGCCUACUGUUUAUCGACGGGAGGCUGUGCCUGCAUCCCCCGUGCAGAUCCCCUUCAGUGAGCUGGUACUGGAGGAGAUAAUUGGCGUUGGAGGUUUUGGUAAGGUGUACCGGGGCACCUGGAAGGAGCAGGAGGUGGCGGUAAAGGCGGCCCGCCAGGACCCCGACGAAGACAUCAUGGCAACAGCAGAGAGCGUAAAGCAAGAGGCCAAACUCUUUUCCAUGCUGCAGCAUCCCAACAUUAUCAAACUUGAAGGAGUGUGUUUAGAAGAGCCCAACCUGUGCCUGGUGAUGGAGUAUGCUCGAGGGGGCACCCUCAACCGGGCUCUCACAGGCAGGAGGAUACCCCCGCACAUUCUGGUAAACUGGGCCGUGCAGAUUGCCAGAGGCAUGCACUACCUCCACGAAGAUGCUGUGGUGCCUAUCAUCCACCGAGACCUGAAGUCCAGCAAUAUUUUACUACUUGAAAAAAUUGAGAACAAUGACAUUGGUAGGAAGACACUGAAGAUCACUGACUUUGGGCUUGCCAGAGAGUGGCACAAGACGACCAAAAUGAGUGCUGCUGGCACAUACUCUUGGAUGGCUCCUGAGGUCAUCAAGUCCUCCCUCUUCUCCAAAGGCAGUGAUGUAUGGAGUUAUGGGGUGCUCCUCUGGGAACUGCUGACAGGAGAGGUACCUUAUCGUGGGAUUGAUGGUUUGGCCGUUGCUUAUGGAGUGGCUGUCAACAAAUUAACACUUCCCAUCCCAUCCACUUGUCCUGAGCCUUUCGCCAAGCUCAUGGAAGAAUGCUGGGAGCAGGAUCCUCACAUCCGACCAACAUUCGCUGCUAUCCUGGAGCAGUUGACAGCCAUAGAGGAGGCAGUAAUGGCCACCAUGCCGCAGGACUCUUUCCACUCAAUGCAGGACGAUUGGAGGGUGGAGAUCCAGGAGAUGUUUGAUGAGCUGCGGACUAAAGAGAAGGAACUGCGUUCGCGUGAGGAGGAGUUGACACGGGCAGCGCUGCAGCAGAAGUCACAUGAGGAGCUCUUGAAGAGGAGGGAACAGCAGUUGGCCGAGAGAGAGAUCAAUGUGCUUGAGCGCGAGCUCAACAUUCUUAUUUUCCAACUCAACAAGGACAAGCCCAACGUCAAAAAGAGGAAGGGCAAGUUUAAGCGCAGUCGCCUCAAGCUUAAGGAUGGAAACCGCAUCAGCUUGCCUUCAGAUUUUCAACAUAAGAUCACAGUGCAGGCUUCACCUUCCAUGGAGAAAAGGAGGAGCCUCAACAGCACCACUUCCAGCCCCCCCAGCAGCCCUACUCUCAUCCCCCGCCUGCGUGCCAUCCAGUUGAGCUGUCCGAGUGACUCUUGCCAAAGGGACAGUAUAUAUGUGUAUCACCAAGACGUGGAUAUCACAAGUGAAUAUAAACCUCGAACAGGAAGGAGAGUAACACUGGAUGAAAGCAACAGAACAUGGGGCAGGAGCACUAUCUAUAAGCCUGAGGAGUUUGAGGAUGCAAAGAAGGGCAUAAAGAAGAAGGUUCGCACAUGGGGACCGAGCUCCAUUCAGACCAAGGAGAGAGGAAACUGUGCUGAAAGAGUUCGACCACUGUCAGAUGGAAGUAAUCCUUGGUCUACUAGUCUCAUGAAGUCUCAGAAAUCUGUGCCUCUGGCUGCAUUAUUUGCAGAGCAGGGAAUGGCUAAAGAUGACAUGAGCUCUACUGAUGCUUCAGACAACAAACCAAAGCAACUCAAGUUCCCUAAUCAGGUGUAUAUUGAUCUACCUCUGUGGAAGGAUGAGCAGGGUGAGGGGGCAGGGCCUGGCGGAGGAGGGGGUGGGGCUGAAAGCCAGGAGGAUCCCACCACCUCAACUAGCUCUACCAGCACCACCCCUCAGCACACGCCCACCAACAGCCUGAAGCGUUCGAGUGGGCGCCGCCGCACUGAUUCAGUGCUCUAUGGCUGUGCCUCUAUCCUAGCAUCCGUGGCUCUGGGCUUCGACCUACGGGAGGUCCACAGGGCUGUAGCCAGUGAGGAGCUGGAGCCACGGGAGGAGAAGAAAAAGCGCGAGGGUCUCUUUCAGCGGGCCACACGCUUCCGUCGAAGCACUAGCCCCCCUGGCAGCCGUUCACGCAAGGACGACGCUUCACCGGCACCCGUCAACCUGCUGGCAAUGUCUUCCAUCUCAGAGUGCAACUCUACCAAGUGUCUCCUCCAGUCGGACUCCGAAGGGCCCGAGCACAGCCCUGUGAAAGAGUCACCGCCAGACAGUUCCAGGUUAUAUCAGGCUGGCCAGGUAGCAUUGCCAGCCCAGAGUGGCAGGACCCUAGGCAGAGAAGAUGCUCCUGGACCAGACCACAACCAUGCCCCUGGCUCCCGGCUUAGGAGGAAGAAAUCCAGCCCUGCUGUUUGUCACAACACUGGUACCAGUAACUCUGUGACCAAACCUGCAGUCUCAUCCUCCCAGAGGAAGAAGCCUGACAGAGAGACCAGCCAGGAGAAGCAAAUCACACCAGAAUCAGUGUCCAGACCAAGACCCCUCUCUCUAAGAGGUAAACCUCACUCCUGGGGCCUUCUGAGGAGUCGUAACAAGAGCUACUCUCUCGGGCACUACUCUGGAGAGAAGAGUGCCCAGAACCUUGGGAUUGUGCUCUCUUCUGAGGUCAAAGUGGACUGCUCUCUGCUGGAUAUGGACACUGAGGGUCAGAAACGCGAUUGCACUGUUCCCCUCUGUCGAAUUCAGAGCACCCCAAGUCGUCCCUCUGUCUUUGAACUGGAAAAGGAGUUUUUGUCCUGAAAUAAGCUGCCUCUCCUUAUGGAGCCUGAAUCAUGUUUUGACUUCACAAAAGAUUUUCCACUUUUCAGGAUUCACUGAACACCAUGGCUUUUCUCCUAAUUUUAAGCUAUUGCUGCUGGAGUUAUCAUGUUUUACCUUUUUAUUUAUACUCAGUUUAUUUUGAUAAGUAAUUUAAUAUGAAAGGACAUAUGAAGAGAAUGAUCAACAUUCCAUUUUACUGAAGAGUUGCCAGUGUGUAGCCUGUUUGUUUUUACACUACCACUUGACUUGUGCACAUUCCAUAUGAAGAGGCAAGAUCUCUGCAUAUGAUGGUACUACUACUGUUAAAGAGCAUUGUAAUGUGCUUUUUUGUAUUAGAUACAUGAUCAAGUUACGUAUUCUUUAUUCGUCCUGGAUGUUUAGAAUCAAGUUCAUUAUGAAUUUAAACAUUCUGGAAAUCAAAUACUACUGUAGUCUGCUCCAAUCAAAUUCUCUUAAUCCCACCCCCAGCCCCUCCCUCACCCCCUGCUCAUUUCUUGGCCUUUGCGUAUGUAGAUGUGGUGGCACAAGGAGACUUUGGUGUACAGUGUGGAGUGUUUUUCAGUAUUGUCCUUUACUCCAGUGAGCCGGUACAAAUAAGCAAAUCAUAAAUGGUCACAGAAAAUGCGUUAGUUCCCUGUGGAAGUUACAUGGGUCAUAUGACAGCAGAGGGACAGAACGACUUCCUCUGCUUUUAACUGGACACUUUCUGCUUUUCUGUGAAUUUCGCUGUAGUGAAUGUUCCAAAAUUUAGAUUGUUUGCAUUAAACCACCCACGGUUUCCCUGCAGUUUAUGACAGCUUUUUAUAUAGUGUUAUCCUUAGAAGCAUUUGCCAGGUCUGGCCUGGUUGAAAUAGCAUAGUUAAUCAUUGUGCCAUCAGUAUUACAGUAAUCAGCGUUGUUCUUUCAGAUGUUUGACGGAAGUUUUCUUGCUGUGUAGACCUUUUUGGCUUCCCACAGGUGACCUUUUCUUGAUGUCUCCACACCUGGGGAAACUUUGAGCAUUGUCUGAUAUUUGGCCAAUGUUUGUCAGAUAUCUAAGUGCACUUUUACUGUGCGUGGUUGGUUUACUUCCCAAAAUGUACAAGAUCCAGACACGCAUUUGUGCGUUCUAGUGCUACCUUGUCAGUGUUUUCUCAUGGUAACACAGCUACGUAGAAAGACACAGAAAAGGAACUAUUUGUAUUUGUUAAUACAUGCCUGAAUAUCCACAGCUGAGGAUAGAAAGAGUGAAAUGUCUUCAUUUCAACUUCAAAACCACUCCAUCUGAAAUAACUGGCAGCCCUGCAACACAAUUUCAGGAUAGUGUUGCCUGAAAAGUUUGUAAUGUUUUUCACAGGAAUAGCUGUGAUGAUUGCAUAUCCUGCCCCAAUUGCAUUUGGCUUUUAAAUGAAGUUUUUUCAUUGCACACUCUAGUAUUCUGUGUAGAAUAAUAACUGAUAUUAAUGUGCUGUUUUAUUUGGGGCAUUUGUAGACAAUAGUGUCUUAUUGGAUGGAUUAAUGUGACUUUGAUGAGCUUAUGCAUUGAAUCAGCUGACUUAAAAGAAGUUUUUGAUGCCUCCUUCAGCACGGUUCCAGACUCAGUAAUAUUAGCAAUUUAUUCCCUAAUGUCUUUUAGCUUCUGCUUCCCUGAUGGUGAUCUGUUGUUUAUUUGUAAUGGAAAAGCUCACAGAAUUGCUUCCUAUGCGUCUCCUGUAUAUCUCCCCAAAAAAAGCUCUAUACAAGGCUGCUAAACAGACUUGAUUACUUGCUUUCAGCUCAGAGCUCUGAAGUAUCAGUGCCCCUACUGAAGGUUGCAGUUCUCUGAAAAUUACUUCCAGAAUAUUAGAAAAGACUACUAGUAGGGGCAUAAACAUUUAUAAUGGUGCUUUAAGGUACUGGGUUCAGAAGUAGGCACAAAAAGUGUAUAUCAAUGCACUGUUCCUAGAAUUAAAGAGCCUUUUCUUUUAAUAACGUGGUUGUUGACAGUCAUAGCAGGCCUAGAUAUUCAUUCUUUGUGCAUCACAGUGCUGAUAUUUUUCCAAGCUCAUUUGCUUCAAUUGUAUUUUCUCAAAUGCUUUUAUGGUGUUGUCCUAGACUUUGUUUUGUGCAGUCAUCUCCAAAAAGACUUUGGUAAUCAUUUAUUACUUUCCUUGCCUCCUUCGCGCGUCACCUGAUAUCAAAUAACUGGAUCCGGGGGACUAAGAGGAAAUAAUAAGUAAAUGUUUAAAAAAUGCGAAAACCUUUACCUUGAAUUGUUUUGUAGAUUUGAUGAACUCAGUCUGCCUGAAUUGUGCUAUUCACUACCAGGGUCCAUAUAUAUGCUUUGCAGCAAGAGAAUGUGUUCACUCCAGUCAGGGUGUAGGUACGAUGGAAGUGUAGUGUCACUUUAACGAAAGAUAUUCUAGGGUCUCCAGUGGAAAAAGAUUUAAAUCUUUGCAGUUACCUCACUUAUUCGCAAAUGUCUGGACCUUCUUGUGAAGUAGGCAUGUGUGUGUGGUCUGGUCACAAUGUCAAAAUGUCCUGAAUUAACUGCACAUUCAAUGUGGUGAUCUUGGUAUCUUCUUAUGUAGCACUGUGAUUUUUGAUAUUAUGACUUUUUAUUUUGAUCAUGUAAUGACAAACAUAUGUUUUCAUGUGAAAUUGAUUUUAUUAUUAUUUUAAAGUGUUAUAUAGACAGGACUGGCAGAGUGCUGAGUGAGGCUGGAACUGCAGUUGCACGCUUGAUUUUAUGAACAAAAGACUGUGGAAACCUUGUGCUUUGUAUGAUGUCCAUACAGUAAUUAUUUUUACUAAGAUGAAGUAAUGAUACAGUGGAGUUUCUUGAGAGAGACAGUGGUAGGUACUGUAUUUUUCAUUACAUUAUAGACUUCCACGCUGUUUCAUCUGGACACUCUUUGUGAAAGUGCCCUGAAAUGCAUAAAUGAACUGAGCGUUUCACUGGAUUUAGGGACCAAACAACACAUUUUCACUUUCUUAAAUUUUUCACCAAAGUUGAACUUUUUCUUUUGAGAAGGCAAAACCAGCAGUUUGGUUUGUGAAAAUGUUUUUAAAAAUAAAUACAUUUGUUACAUAGUACACAUAUACUGUAUUUAGUCAUUACAGGUGCUUUUGCAUCAUUUGCAUUCUUUCAGUGUCCGUUUGACCCACUUGACCAAAUCAAUGUUGAACUUUGUUUCUUGGAGGUGGGUUGCUGGUGCUCUUUACCAGCUAUUUGCUCCAAUAGUGGUUAAUGGGUUGAUCCCAGAGUUACUAUUAUAUUGUACACAAGUGAUCAAUAAAUCCUUUUAUUCCUGA